AUGGAGAGAGCGAUUGCGCUAUCAGAUGACCAUAAGCCUAAUAGAAGCGAUGAAAGAAAGCUAAUUGAAAGCGCUGGUGGUGUUAUCAUGUUGGCAGGAACAUGGAGGGUAGGUGGAGUCUUGGCAAUGUCCCGGGCCUUUGGAAACAGGAUGCUGAAGCAAUUUGUUGUUGCUGAACCCGAGAUACAAGAUCUAGAGAUAGGUCAUGAGGCCGAGUUUCUUGUGCUUGCAAGUGACGGUUUAUGGGAUGUGGUAACAAAUGAGGAGCCCGUGGCAGCUGCCCGCAAGCUAACGGACACAGCCUUCACUGGUGGCAGCGCGGACAACAUCACAUGCAUUGUUGUUAAGUUCCAUCAUGAUAAGACUGAAUCUCCCAAAUCUGAACCAAAACCUGAGGCUGAACAGGAGGAGCCCAAACCGACCCCCAAAGCUGAACUCGAACCCCAGUCAAACCCAAAUGCUGAACCGGAAACCGAACCAAACCCCAAAUCUGAAAUGAAACCUGAUGCUAUACCCGAUACUAAACCGGAAACUGAACCAGAGGCGAAGGGUGAAAAAGCAGAUGUCAAACGGGGCAGUCCGUGUCCAAAUGACCCAAUCCACUACAGGCAUCGAAUUAAAUUGGACAUUGCUGGCUGGUCCGCUGUGGUCUGCCAUCACAAAACUAUUGUUCAUACCCGCCCCACAUGUGCGUAG